AUGGAUACCAAGGACAAUGAGUUCUUCGAAGAGGAUGCCAUUUCGAAAUCAACCAUCUAGGCACUUAACAAUUCCUUCGAUAAGGAACAAUUAGAUGAACAGAUUGAAAGACCAUUUACACCUCUGGAUGCACAAGUUGAGUCGAUACCCAAAGAAUAGUGUAAAUUUUGCAAACGCCAAUUCUUUCAGGGCAAAUUGGCUCUGCAUCUGCGUAGUUGCACUGCUGAUCGCCCUUUUCUCAAAAAAUCUAAUAAGCAAAAAACAUAAUUACCUCUUACAUAACCAACCAUCCAGCCUUGUCCCCAUUGUCAUAAGAAAUUGAGGAAUCCUCAAAUCCAUGCUCUCAAAUGUCCUGCUAGACCAAAAGCCUUAGACAAAUAUAGAGUCAUCGCAUCUAUAAAUGAGGAAGAAGAAGCAGAAGAAACCCUACUCCAAGAACUAUCCUCCAGCCAGCCCACUUUUUUACCCAAAAUCAAACAACGCCCUGAAAACCUGCUCUCUCGCUCUGUACCCAUUGUUAAGUGUCCUUCUUGUCAGAAGACAUUUGAACAGAAGGCAGCUGAAAAGCAUAUUCAACUAUGCUUUCGUAUGAGCAGUGGCAACAAAUUUCAGAGAAGUGUAUUCUGUACUAAUUGUGGAAGCAGAUUCGCUAAUAACCAUAAGUACUGUGGUUCUUGUGGAAAAAAAAGACUAUGA